AUGUUCGCCCGCGCCGCCGCCCGCCCAACCCUCCAAGUGCUCGCCCGCCGAGCGGGCCCCCAACAACGGGCAAACUUCUCCCUCAUGCAAAACCUGCGGAGCUUCGCCCGCCAGUUCGAGCCGCAUCCCUUCCAGCGCCUGCCCGUGGCCAGCAAGCCGCAGCCGGCCGACUAUAGCAGGCUGGUCCGGAGAGCUGGGGCGCAGGCUAUGGUGUACUUCCCUCUGGGCCUCACGCUGCUUGGGUGGCCGUAUGCAGCUAGACUUAUGCUGGAUGGGAAUAUCUAA